AAUUCCCUGCUCUCCAGAACAGACCAUUUCUACCUGGAUAUUCAUUGUCAGAUAUGCAACUCUGCUCCUGGCCAAGGGCUCAAAUUGGUUUGGCCCUUCUGGCAUUCCUGUGUCAUACUGUAAUAGCUGUGGAGAGACGCUAUUAUAUUGCAGCGGUUAAUGUACAAUGGGACUACACAUCUGAUGUACAGCAAAGGGCUGGACCAACUUAUAAAAAAACAGUAUACAGAGAAUAUGAUGCAGGAUUUACAAAGGCUAAAACACAUCCCUUGUCCUCAGGACUACUUGGGCCAACAAUACGAGGACAAGAGGGUGACACAAUCGUUGUCACGUUCAAGAACAUGGCUGAUCAUCCGUGUAGCAUCCACCCACAUGGCAUUGCUUAUGGGAAGCAGUCAGAGGGAUCGUUGUACUUUGACAACACUUUACUCUUGGAGAAAGAAGACGAUGUCAUUUUACCUGGUAAAGAGCACACGUAUAAUUGGGAGGUAACAUCUGAGGUGACCCCUAUGGCUGCGGACCCACCAUGCAUCACCUACACAUACCUUUCUCAUGUUGACAUCGUCAAAGACUACAAUACAGGGUUGAUUGGUGCAAUGCUGAUCUGCAAGAAAGGUGCCCUAGAUGACUCUGGAAAUCAAAUUCAUUUCCAUCAGGAGGCAGUGCUGUUGUUUGGUGUGUUUGAUGAAAACAUGAGCUUGUACGGCACUGGCGGCCCUUCACAGGAACAAAAUAUUAAAUACACCAUCAAUGGCUAUAUAAAUGGCUCCGUACCUGAUCUGGGCAUCUGUGCUCACUCUAAAGUCAGCUGGCACAUGCUGGGAAUGAGCUCUAAGCCUGAGCUCUUCUCUGUGCAUUUCAAUGGGCAAGUUCUUCUCCAUUAUGAUCACAAAACCUCAGCGAUUGGCAUUAUUAGUGGCACUGCCACUAGUGCCAGUAUGACUGCAGUCUUUCCAGGCCGCUGGCUUGUCUCCUCUCACAUUAGCCGGCAUUUGGAAGCUGGUUUGCAUGGUUACCUGAAUAUUAGGAAAUGUGAACAAUUCCCAGCACCUAAAAGAAGAUUAACCAUCCAACAAAAAGAAGAAAGUCAGGAGUGGACUUACUAUAUAGCAGCAGAAGAGGUCUUGUGGGAUUACGCGCCACAUAUGCCGCAAAACAUAGAUGGGAAUUUCCGAUCAAAAUAUUUAAAGCAGGGGCCUCAGCGGAUAGGUAAAAAAUACAAAAAGGCUGUGUUUACACAAUAUAAAGACGGCACGUUUAAAGAGAGAGCGGAGGAUAAGCAGAGAAAGAUGGAACUUGGCAUUCUGGGCCCAGUGAUAAGAGCCCAGAUCAGAGAUGUCAUAAAGAUUGUCUUUAAAAACAAGGCAUCACGUCCAUACAGCAUCUAUCCUCAUGGACUGACCAUAGAUAAAUCAGCAGAAGGAGCCAGUUAUCCUGCAGGAGGAAACCAGACGCAUGGCGUCCAGCCAGGAGAGACCUACACCUAUGUAUGGAAUGUGGGUGAAGAGGAUGAACCAACGGACAGUGACUCAAGAUGUCUGACCAGGAUGUACCACAGUGCAGUGGACACCCCUCGAGACAUUGCUUCUGGGCUUGUGGGUCCUCUGCUCAUAUGCAAAAGUCAGUCCCUCAACAAAAAAAAUGUCCAGCUAAAAGCCGACAAGGAACAGCACGCUAUGUUUACGGUUUUUGAUGAGAACAAGAGCUGGUACCAUGAUGAGAACAUCAACACAUACUGCAGUGACCCCAAAAAUGUCAAAAAAGAUGAUCCAGAGUUUUACAAAUCAAAUGUUAUGCACACCAUCAAUGGUUACGUGUAUGAAAGUGGCCAGGAACUGGGAUUUUGUCAUGGUGAAAUUGUAACCUGGCAUGUGUCCAGUGUUGGGGAACAAGAUUAUAUCCAGACUACAACGUUUUAUGGCCAUACAUUUGAGCUGAGAAACAGGGAAGAGGAUAUGCUUAGUCUAUUUCCUAUGACUGGAGAAACUAUCAGUAUGAACAUGGUAAACAUUGGCAUUUGGCUUUUAGCAUCACUGAACUCUCACGAUUCUACUAAAGGAAUGAGGGUGAAAUUCAAAGACCUUGAAUGCUUCAGAGAUUAUGUUAUGGAAUAUGAUUAUGACAAACCAGAAACAUUCACCGUAUUGAAACCUCAGCUCCACAUUGAACCUGUAAAAGAAAAAACCAAGACAACCAUCCGUACUGAGGUUGACAAGGACACCGACUACUAUGCUGAUAUUUUGAACUUGAGGUCGUUUAGAAACACAAGUACAGAUAAUGAACCAAUAGACGAUUAUGAUGAUGAUGAUGAUGAUAGGAGCCUUCCGAGAACUGAAGAUAUAACGAAUGACAUGAACAAAUCACACAAUGCUACUUUAGCAUCUCCUAAUCAGACUCCUGCAUCAACCUAUGUGGCUGAUUUGGAAAAACAGCUUUUAAAUCAAAAUGUUAUGAAUGAAAGUACAGUAGAGGGAUCACUAAACUUCACCAGCUCUUUUAAUUAUGAUUCAGAGAUUGUGGCCAACAAUAAAACAAACAUCACUGAAACACACUUUCCAGUUCGCAGUGCAUCAGUAGUGCCAGUUAACGAAACCGAAAGAAUCUCUACGAACGGCACAUAUUUUCUGAACAGUGUUAGAAAUUCUUCUACAGGAAAUUCAUCUUUUCAUUACUAUGAAAAUUCAUCACUAGAGAUGAUGAAUGAAACAGACAGUGUCUUCGCUAAUAGAACUCAUCUUUCAUUUAAUGGAAGAAACCUCACCCUGGAAGAACCAACGAAUGAAAAACAAAGUCUCUCUUCAAAUGAAAGUGUAAACUUAUCUGUUCCAGAAAAUGUCCCCAUGAAUUCCCCACAUUUUCUGGAUAGUGUUAGAAAUUCCUCUAUAGGGAAUUCAUCUACCCAUUACUAUGAAAAUUCAUCACUAGAGAUGAUGAAUGAAACAGACAGAGACCUUUCAUUUAAUGGAAAAAACUUUUCCCUGGAAGAACCAAUGAAUGAAUCAAAUACAAGUGUUAACUCAUCUGCUCCAGUCGGUGACAGAAAUAUCCAUCUGGAGGAUGAUGGUAAAUAUUUGAAUUCAACUGAAGAAAUGAAUCUGUUAUUAAACCAAACCUUAGAAUAUGAUGUGCUAAACAAAACAGAUUUGCAAAAUGAGCAAUCCUCUCUAAACAGCAUAGGCACUGUGGAUGAUAACAGUGAAAUUUCAAGUCACUCCUUCAUUUACAGUGUGUCCAGCUCUGACUCUCUCUUCAAAAGAUCAGAACCACAAGAGGAGGAGGAUUUUGUGCUAUUAGACGGUAAGCAGCUCUUAGAAAUGUCAAAGGAUGAAAAGACUAUUGAUAUCUUACCAACAGUACUUCCCAAGAACACCACACAAGACUUUUCAGAGAGCACUGAUGAUCCAUUUACAAACACAACAGAGACAAGCAUUCAAGAGCUAAACGGCACACGGUGGAAUUAUACCAGUGACAUCGUCACAUCUUCAGUGCCAUCUCCAAACAGCACCAUUAUCUCAAACAUAACUUUAUCAUACAGUAAUGAUACAUUUGAAAUUCUAAGUAAUGUAUCCCAGCUUUUUCACUCAAACAAUACGGAGAAUAUCUCCGUCUCCCUUGGGUAUUCCAAUGUUUCAUCCACGAUGAACAGCUCCGAAGAUAGUCUGGAGGAAGUUGCCAUCUAUCUAAAUAACAACCACAGUGAGGUCAUACUCACAUCUCCUCUCAACUCAGAGGAAGAGCACUGGGGUUAUGAAGGCACACAUGAACUGGUUCAAAUGGACAUGCCGGAUGAAAUGAAGAAAUACAUCAAAGACCAACCAGCAGCAAAAAUAAAUAAUCCUAAAAAGAAGAAGGUUGUUCACCACAGAGUGAAGCCCAGAAAAGGGCAUGCCAUGAAGACGAAAAAGAGGAAAGAGUAUAAGCCACAGACACCCUCUAAGGGGUCUCCAACGGGUCUAUCUCCUCGAGGUUUCGCACCUGCUGGGUUAACACCAAGAGGAACAAGGCCUGUUUCUAGUGAGGAGGAACUGCUGGGCAAGCCCAUUGUUAUAGGAGUGCCAAGAAAGGAUUUCGACGCUUAUGACAUAUAUGUUCCAAAACAUGUGCAGGACUCAGACUAUGAAGGUUUUCUUGAUAAGCCAGAAGAAUAUGAAUUUGUGGAGUACAAAGAUCCUUAUAGCCAAGCGGUAGAUGUUCAGAAUAUGGGAUUUGAUGCAACAUCUCAACAUUUCUUAAAGAAGGCUGAGGACAAAAACACAAGAACCUACUUCAUCGCAGCAGAGGAGGAGGAAUGGGAUUAUGCUGGUUUUUAUUGGCAAAGGAGGAUUGAUAAGCCAUCUACAAACGAGAGGCAAACUGCUUUUAAAAAAGUGGUGUUUAGGAAGUACUUGGACAGCACCUUUAGCAUCCGAGACAUCCGCGGAGAAAUGGAUGAACAUCUAGGUAUUCUGGGCCCGGUUAUAAAAGCCGAAGUUGACCAGACGAUCAUGAUAUUUUUCAGGAACCGUGCCAGUCGUCCAUACUCUCUGCAUCCAAAUGGAGUACACUACUUAAAACAGAUGGAAGGUCUGAGUUAUGAAGAUCAAUCGCCUUAUUGGUACAAGCAGGAUGAUGCUGUUCAACCCAAUAGCUCUCAUGUCUACAUGUGGACUGUAAAUUCCAAAUCUGGACCACAAAACAAUGAGUCUGACUGUCGAACAUGGACAUACUACUCUGGAGUAAACCCUGAGAGAGAUAUAAACUCUGGGCUAAUUGGGCCGCUUCUGGUCUGUAGGAAGGGAACACUGGCUAAACCGGCUAUGGACAGAAGAGAGUUUGUUCUACUCUUUAUGACUUUUGAUGAGAAUAAAAGCUGGUACUAUGAGGAAAACUGGGCGAGAAUUGAGAGGAAAAACAGAAGAGCAGUCAUCGAUCCAAAUUUCCAUGAAAGUUUAAAAUUUGACGCUAUCAAUGGUAUUAUCUACAGCCUGAAAGGACUUCGAAUGUACACUAACCAAUUAGCCAAAUGGCACCUGAUCAACAUGGGCUCUCCACAAGAUCUCCACAGCGUCCAUUUUCAUGGUCAAACAUUCAUAAAUAAAAACGUGAAGGACCACCGUCAGGGUGUUUACCCACUUUUACCAGGUGGAUUUGCUACACUGGAGAUGUUGCCUUCAAAGCCUGGCCUAUGGCAGCUGGAGUCUGAGGUCGGACUCUCCCAGCUCAGAGGAAUGCAGACACUCUUUCUCGUGUUAGAUAACGUUUGUGAUCACCCACUCGGUCUCAUCUCUAAGACUGUGAAAGAUGAACACAUUACAGCAUCUGACUCUAGAGGACAAUGGCUUCCUCAUCUGGCCAGACUACGUAACACAGGGAAGUACAAUGCAUGGAGUACAACACAGACAGGACAGUACAUUCAGGUGGACUUCCAGAGGCCGGUGGUGAUUAGUAAAGUUUCCACGCAGGGAGCCAAGCAAUUACUAACCUCUCAUUUUGUGCUUAACUACACCAUUUCCUACAGCACAGACAAAAGGAAGUGGAUCUUCUAUAAGGGAGACAGUGAUGCUAUCAGAAAGAAUUUCGAAGGAAACAGUGACGCUUAUGAGGAAAAGGAGAACAUAUUUUUCCCACCUUUGAUUGGUCGAUAUGUGAGGCUGCAUCCUUUACAUUCUUACAACUAUCCAACUGUUCGUUUGGAGUACUUCGGAUGUGAGCUUGAUGGUUGCUCUGUGCCAUUGGGAAUGCAAAGUGGCGUUAUUACCGAUAAUCAGAUCACUGCCAGUACUGUGGCAUCCAGUUGGUACACCGGACAUUGGCAUCCUUGGUAUGCACGCUUAAAUAAACAAGGAACUACCAAUGCUUGGAAAGCCAAGAACAAUGACAUGCAGCAGUGGAUCCAGGUGGAACUUCCAAUUGCGAAGAAGAUAACUGGAAUUAUAACACAAGGGGCCAAAUCAUUAGGUACGGAGAUGUUUGUGACAGCAUUUGCUCUUGAGUACAGUGAUGAUGGGAAGAAAUGGAUGAAGUACACCGAUGAUAAGGAUUACGAGCAAAGGACUUUUCAAGCCAACUCAGAUAACGAUGGUCAAGUAAAGAACUACAUCCACCCACCGAUAUUUUCCAGAUUCAUCCGCGUUGUUCCAAUACGAUGGCAGAGUUUCAUCACUAUGAGGAUUGAGCUGCUUGGUUGUGAUUUUGAAUAAAAACUGUGCCCUUUUUCGCUGAAAUGACAAUAUAUUUUGUAGAAUUAAAUAUAUUCAAUAAAUGUAUAAAAGUUGGAUGGCCGAAUACAUUACAACUGUCCUCACAGGUACAUGGAGAAAAGUCAUAUCUUAUAUAUAGUGUGCGUGCGCCACCUAGUGCUGGCAAAAUGUCUACCUGCUCAGAUUUGGUCAGUCAAACACAGGAUUUACAGCGAAAUCAUUUUUGCUCAUGUUAUGAAAAAAAAUGAAUCUUUAUAUAAAUAAAUUAUGUGUUAAAUAUGUAAAAUA